AACUUUAUAUCGAGAGCCGGUUAUCGAAUUCAUUCAAUCGAUUUAGAAAACUUUAAAAAAUAAGCGGCAACUUUGGAGGAUUCGGAUUUUCCACAUAUUUUUAAAUUUCGAACUGAAAAAAAAAAAAUAAUAAUCAAUAUAUUUUUCGUUUAAAAAGUAUGAGUGUAAAUGUAGCAGAUAUCAGAAAAAUUAAAAACUACAAAUAAAUAGAGUUAAUUAUUAAUAAAGGCAGUGUCUAUCUGCACGAUUCACGCUACAGCCCGUGAUGCUCUGUGCAUAAAUUUGUUGCAAAAAUAGUUUAAUUCAACGUAAAAAAUUAUUUUAAUUAGAAAAAAUUAAAAAUCCCCGGAGAAUCUAGGGAUAUAUCAAGUGACGGGGAAAAUUACAGGCUGUAGCGUAAAUCGUAUAGAUAGACACUGCCGUUCUUCUACUCAACGGAUAUAAACUUUUUAAAUAUUAUUUUAAGGUUAGAAAAAUGUAAAUAUUGACACCAUCACCAUUAAAAUUGUAAACCAUUCAAUUACUUUUUUUUACAGAUUUAAUUACAAUAAUGUAUGAACUAGCUCCACUGACUGGUGAAAAUAUACCAUGGGAUAUAUUGAUAAAUUAUUGUAAUAAAAUAUCUAAAGAAAUAAAAGUCCGAUUAAUUGUUUUAAUAAAUGACAUUAAAUCGUCAUUAGAAUUAAAUAAGAUACCCGAACAAAUAGAUUAUAAAUUAAUUGAAUUGGAUGCAUGUUUGGAUAGAACGUGGGAAGAUUUAAAUACCGGACACUGGAAAGACGUACCUAUUAAUUAUAGACAUUGUUAUACGAUUUGUAGUUUGUUAAAGUGUAUUCUUUUAGAAGUCAAUUUAAAAGAUAAAAGUACUUUGGAAGAUCAAGUAAUUAAAGAAAUCGCUAAACAAAUAGACAAAGGAUUAUUAUUGGGAGCUCCUAUUGACCAACAACCCGAAUUAUUAACAAAUAUCGCCUCGAAAAUAAAUAACUAUUGUUCAAAUAAAAUUUCAUCUUUGACAUCAGAAAAGUCAUUGGAGUUUGAGAUUGAUGAUAAAAGUUUAUCAUAUGAAUUAUUAGAAGGGUGCGAGUGGUUGAAAAGAUAUAAAACUCCGUCUAUGGAAACAUUUUAUCGCGAGAUAUUUAAAUCUAAAGUACCCGCUGUUUUGGAAGAUUGUAUUGGACAUUGGAAAGCAUUAACUUUGUGGAAAGAUCAAAAUUAUUUAAUUAAAAUAGGUGGAAUGAGAACGGUACCCAUUGAAAUAGGCUCAAGUUAUACUGAAGAUGAUUGGUCUCAGCAACUUUUGACUCUUGCGGAAUUUAUUAAAGGACAUGUAGCAAAAGAAAAUGAUACCGUUGGUUAUUUAGCUCAGCAUCAACUAUUCGAGCAAAUUCCAGAGUUGAAGAAUGAUUUUACAAUACCCGACUACUGUAAUUUUACUGACGAUGGCAAAGAGGACAGUGCGAUAGAUAUCAAUGCAUGGUUUGGACCAAAAGGUACCGUGUCACCUCUGCAUUAUGACCCAAGAGAUAAUUUAUUGUGUCAAGUAUUUGGAUACAAACAAGUGAUACUUUAUCAUCCAGAUGAUAGAAAAUAUUUGUAUACAUAUGACACAAGGCUACUAUGUAAUACAGCACAAGCAGAUCCAGUAAAUCCUGAUUACAAUAAAUUUCCAGAAUUUAGAAAAGCUCAAGGAUUUAUGUGUCAUCUCAAGCCUGGUGAAAUUUUGUAUAUUCCACCAGAGUGGUGGCAUCACGUUGUCAGUCUCUCCCCAAGUUUUUCAAUAAGUUUUUGGUGGAAUUAAAAAUAUGCUUAUGUAAUAACGUUUUUCAAUAAAAAAAAUAAUUAUAAAUUUAAUAAAUGAAAAUAAUAAUAAAAUUAUAUUUAAAUGAAUGCUUAAAUUAUAGAUAACGUUUUUGCAAAGUACAUGCUAAAGUUAAAUAUGAUAAUUAAAAAGAAAUAAAUAUUUUUAUGUAAAUGA